AAAACAAUGGGGUGAAAACAUUGUUGCUUGUUGUAAAUGGACAGUAUUUGUUUUUUGAUCUUUAUGCAGGUUUUAAUCCAAGCCAACAAUAAGUUACAGUACUUAACAAAGUUUUAAGCGACCCCUUCUCUUAAGACCGGACAAUAUUUAUAUUGCAUUGCUGUAAAUAAUCAAAUCUCUAACAAUGUCAGCACAAAACCUUCUGGAGUUUUUAUUUGUCUGUUUUAUAGUCAUGAUAUAUUGUAUCCCCGUGUCGGCCCCUGUUUUCCACUACAGCUAAGUUAUUGCCAUAUGAAUAAUCCAAUUUCUUUAUCGGUACAAGUUUGAGAACCGUCGCUUUUUCUAUGGUCAGUCCUUAAUGUCUUGUGACCCAUAAUUAACUACAGAUCCAGGCACAACACCGCCCUCUCGUGGGCAUCGCUGUUAUCGCUAGGUCUUGUGGGGAGAAAUGUGAUACUGUGUGUAGAUUUAAAUGACACGUCUUUCUUACAGACGAAAGGAUCGCGUUUCCUUUGUACCUACACCGCUGUUAACAAAACAAAGAAAUAUAGCUACAGACACAAACAGAAUUUUUGAAACGCUAAUUCAUCAGGCGUUACAGUAUUUCUUGCGCCGAUUUUCUACUGCAUUUCCCCAUCAUUUUUGCUCUUCCGCUAAAAAACAUCGAGGAGCUGCGUCACCUUCUUGACUCCACCCACAACUACUGCAGAAACACUACAGCCAACACCUCUGCACACACGGGACUGCCUGCGGAAUACAGCCUACCAGAGAUCACAAGAGUGUUUAAUCUCCAGCAUCGACUCUACGCCAGGAUUUAGUAGCAUACGCACGAAUUAGAUUAUGGAUUAAACACCGACACUGACUGCAGACACGCUCGGGCAGAGGCUGCUUCACUUCCACUUUCUGCCCCAACACCAUGUAUCAGGCGGUGCGGAAGGCUGUGGUGUCCAGUGCGCGGUGCUGGGAUGCCAACAGUGAGAAGUCCUACCAGGACCUGUUCGAGAAGCUCGACACCAACAAGGAUGGGAAGGUGGAUGUGGCUGAGCUGAGGGAGGGACUCAAGGCGAUGGGCAUAUUCCGACAGGGUGCUGCUCAGAAAAUCGUGUCAUCUGGUGACCAAAACAAAGAUGGAUGUCUGGAUUUCGGCGAGUUCACACGAUAUCUAAAAGAUCAUGAGAAGCAGCUCCGACUGACUUUCAAAAGUUUGGACAGAAACAAUGACGGACGCAUCGAUGCCACAGAGAUCCAGCAGAGCCUGGCAGAGCUGGGAAUGGAUAUCAGCAGAGAGGACGCUCAGAAGAUCCUUCACAGUAUGGACAUCGAUGGCUCCAUGAUGGUGGACUGGAAUGAAUGGAGGGAACACUUCCUGUUUUACCCAGGUCAUGACCUCGAAGAGAUUAUACGCUACUGGAAACACUCCUCGGUGCUGGACAUUGGUGACAGCCUCACCAUCCCUGAUGAGUUCACCGAAGAGGAGAAAAGCUCCGGUGGUUGGUGGAAGCAGCUCUUAGCUGGAGCUGUGGCAGGAGCCGUCUCACGUACUGGGACCGCUCCGCUGGACAGGAUGAAAGUCUUCAUGCAGGUGCACUCCACCAACACCAACAGGAUCGGCCUGAUCGCAGGCUUCAGGCAAAUGAUCAGAGAGGGAGGUUUGAGUUCACUGUGGAGGGGAAACGGAAUCAACGUUUUAAAGAUCGCUCCCGAGACAGCGAUCAAAUUUAUGGCAUAUGAACAAUAUAAGAAAUUACUAUCGUCAGAAGGCAAAAAGAUUGAGACACAUAAGAGGUUUAUGGCUGGUUCUCUGGCAGGAGCCACAGCACAAACAGCCAUCUACCCCAUGGAGGUUCUGAAGACUAGACUGACGCUGAGAAAGACGGGCCAGUUCUCAGGAGUCUUUGACUGUGCCAAGAAGAUCCUGAAGAAGGAGGGGGUCAAAGCUUUCUACAAGGGUUACGUUCCAAACUUACUGGGCAUCAUUCCCUAUGCCGGGAUAGACCUUGCCGUCUAUGAGAGUCUAAAGAACACGUGGCUGUCCUACCACCCCAAAGACUCAGCCAACCCUGGAGUUCUGGUGUUGCUGGGCUGCGGGACCAUCUCUAGUACCUGUGGCCAGCUGGCUAGUUAUCCACUCGCACUUGUGCGUACAAGGAUGCAGGCGCAAGCAUCCCUGAACUCCUCAGAGCAGCCGUCUAUGACAUAUUUGAUGAAAACAAUUGUUGCCAAAGAUGGUUUUCUAGGACUUUACCGAGGGAUUCUGCCAAACUUCAUGAAGAUGCCGGCCUGA